UCCAAAGCUCAGCAUGUUGUGAAACCCGGCCUGCCUUUAUCUAGACAUGGCCCUCCCCUUUUGAUUUAAUGUUUGCCCUUUUAAACCAAGAAAAACAGGAAACGUUCUAGUGUCAUUUGUGAAUUGAGGACAACCAUGGCUUUAUUUUCAUUUUUAACACCAGUGUUUGCUGCAGUAAUAUGUGUUUUGCUUGUGGCAAUAUUACAGAGCAUGAAAAAGUCCAGAGAAAAGGGAACAGAAGACAAGGACAGGAAAAAAGAAUCUCAGCCAUGGGUUGAUCAAGAUCUCCAAGACAACACAGACUUGCCUACAGAAGAAGAUGGAGAAAAUGACUGGCAAGACCCAGAUGAAGGAAGUAUUGAACAUAUUACAUUCUCUCCAGUCCGCUACUCUGAAGAGGAAAUGGUGAGAAGAUCAAAGGAGUUCUAUGAACUUCUCAACCAAAGAAGAUCUGUCAGGUUUAUCAGUGGCAAGCCUGUUCCUAGACAAGUUAUUAACAAUAUCAUCAGAUCAGCAGGAACAUCUCCUAGUGGAGCACAUACUGAACCAUGGACUUUUGUAGUCGUUGAAAAUCCAGAGGUAAAACAUAAAAUCCGGGAGAUCAUUGAGGAGGAAGAAGAGAUAAAUUAUCGGAAAAGAAUGGGAGACACAUGGGUUCACGACCUAAAGAAACUGAGGACAAACUGGGUGAAGGAAUAUCUAGAUACUGCUCCCUUCUUAAUCCUGAUCUUCAAGCAAGUUUACGGGAUACUUUCCAGCAAUAAAAAGAAGACACAUUAUUACAAUGAGAUUAGUGUCUCAAUUGCAUGUGGAAUACUACUGGCAGCCAUUCAGAAUGCUGGUUUGGUAACAGUGACCACUACUCCUCUAAACUGUGGACCUCGUCUCAGAGUAUUGCUUGAGCGUCCAGUUAAUGAGAAAUUACUUAUGCUACUUCCUGUUGGUUAUCCAAGCCAAGAUGCCACUGUGCCAGAUUUGCAGAGGAAGCCUCUAGAAGAUAUUAUGGUGGUUGUCUAAAUGGCCUAUACUAGCUACAUAAUACUGCAACAAAAAAUGGUGCCCAGCUUACAUUCCCAAUGCUUCUCUCUCAUCAGCUAAUAAUCAUGAUCAUUCGUUCUUUCUAUGUGAAAUGUAAGAUGUAAUGUAAGAAUGGCAUUUUAAAAGGUUCUUUCUGCCAAACUAUUUGCACUAUUGUACGAAAAGAUGAAAUAUAUCCUAACCUUUAAUGUAUUUUGUGUAAACUGGAAAAGUUUACUAUUUAAUGCAAAGGUCAAAAAUAUUAAAAAUAACAAAAGUUAUUUUUAACAUACAUACCAAAUACUUCUAGCUAACAUUUCUUGGAUAUUUUCUUACUGAUAUGCCUUUGGACAUCAGAAUUUGGAAUGAUUGUUCACACACUCCUAAUGCAUUCUUCCCUAGUGGAUGGAGUUGGGAUUAAACCGAUGUGUGAACUGCUCAUGUUUGGAAGGGAAUGUUGUAUAUCUUGUUUUUUGGAUGGUGACUUUCCCUAGGAUGAAGAUGAGGACUGAGGAAGAUAAGGACUAAUGGUCAUUGCUAGGUUUAACAUUAAAGGAUGAGCCCUUUGAGUGGUUGGACAGAGAAAAUCA